UUGGAUACAUCUCUCUUUGACUGACCACAGCAAGAGAGAGAGAGAGAGAGAAAAGAGAGAGAGAGGGAGAGAGAGAUCAGUUUCGCCUUUGUACGGAUUGCUCCAGGGUUUAUUGAAUUCCCCUCUUUGGUUCUUUGUUGCUUUGUCGACGCUUGCGUAAUUCGGUUAGGGAUUUGGACUUGGUUUUGGCCAGGGGCGCUUGAUCUUGUAGUCAAGGCCGAGAGGGAGUGGGGAGAUGAAGUCAUCGCUGAGAAGAUUGCGAGGGUUCGCCUUCCACAAGGACGAGCAAAAGCAGAAAAGGGAGAAAGGCUUGGUGGCGCACCAGGACGAGCUCCUCAAGGCGUCCCAGGACAUCCAUGACAUUAGAAACUGCUAUGACAGCUUGCUUUCUGCCGCUGCUGCUAUUGAAAAUAGUGCAUAUGAAUUUUCAGAAGCUCUAAAGGAGUUGGGUACUUGCCUGCUCGAAAAAACUGCACUGGAUGACGAUGAAGAAAGUGGUAAGCUUUUGUUGAUGCUUGGAAAGGCACAGCUUGAACUUCAGAAACUCGUUAAUACCUAUCGUGUCCAUGUUGUUCAGACUAUCACAACUCCAUCAGAAUCUCUUCUCAAGGACCUUCAAACUGUAGAGGAAAUGAAACGCCAGUGUGAUGAUAAAAGAGACGUAUACAUGUUGGCAGCACAAAGUGGAAAAGGAAGGUUGAAAAAUGCCAAAGGUGACACAUUUUCUCUGCAGCAGUUGCAGGCAGCUAAAGAAGAUUAUGAAGAGGAGGCAACUCUUUUCCUCUGUCGCUUGAAAUCAUUAAAGCAAGGACAAUCCCGGAGUAUCUUGACACUAGCUGCUAGGCACAAUGCAUCACAGUUAAACUUCUUUCAUAAAGGAGUUAAAUCUCUUGAAGUUGUUGAGCCACAUAUCAAAAUUGUAGCUGAACAGCAGCACAUUGACUAUCAAUUGAAUGGACUUGAGGAUAAUCAAUUGGAAGGAUAUGAGGUCGAUCAUUCUGUUGAAAAUGGAGAUGAUGGAGAGUUGAGUUUUGAUUAUCAACAGCAUGACCAACAUCGUGAUGUUAGUUACUUUUCUAGAAAUUCAAUGGAGGAUGAUGUAGAUAGAUGUGAAUCAGAUUCCUCUCCUUUCAACAAGGAUGUUAGGGCUGUCAGUCUGUCAGCACCUCUUUUUUCUGAUAGGAACCCUAAAUCAUCUGAAACGACUAGUCAGAUGCAGCCUUUAUCAACAGAGAGGUUUUACACGUAUGCUCUUCCUACUCCUGUUAAUGUUAAGAGCUCGACCUCAACAGGUCCAACUAAUUCGAUUUCUGCUUCUGGGGUGGAAAACAAGGGUGUAUGUCCAACACAAUUAUGGCAUUCAUCUCCAUUGCAACCAAAUUUUCUUGGCAACAAUUACAGAGAUGUUGAGCUGCCAAGCCCCACCAGUUUACCUAUAAAGCAGUCAGUAUUUAAAGAGAGCAAAACUGUUGGUAGCCCCAUCAGAAUGCCUUCUGCAUGUACCGAAGGGGGGAUGUCUCAGUUGAUUACAUCAAAUACAUCUGAUUCAAAGAAGAUUGGCAGACAAGUUUUUUCUGGUCCGUUGACAAGUACACCAUUACCAAGCAAACCAGCUUCUUUUACAAACAAUUCCAUGUCAUCAGUGGAACAUCUGGCGGGAGUCCCAGCAAAACCAACAAGCAUUACCACACCUAAGCUAUCUGUACCUCCUCCUGUAACAUCGCCAAGAAUAAAUGAGCUUCAUGAGCUUCCAAGGCCUCCAAUAGGUUGUCGAAAACAUUUAGGAUCUUUCAAUUUAAUUGGCCAUUCAGCCCCUCUGGUGCCUAGAGGUCAAGGGGUAAAUGCAACAAGCAAACAAGUACCAAUUUCAUCAUGCAUAGCCACACCACUUCCAGAACCUCCUGGUGUUAUGGUUCGCAGCUUUUCUAUACCAUCUAAUGGUCGAAAAUCAAAUUCAACAGAUGUUAAGUCAUCGGAUCAUCCUAAUAGUCAAAGGACAACUGCAGAUGCUUCAGCAACUCAUACAUCGAUGAAUAUUGGGUAGCAUGAACAACUUCAGAUACAGUAACAAACUAGAAAGCUAAAGGAUUCACGUGAAGAGCCCCAGAACUCUUCGUAGCAAGUGGAGCCAAUUGAUAUGGUCUCCUAAUGUUGCUUAUGUACAUAAUGAAGUGUCCAAAAAACCUUCUCGUUCUUCCAUUCUGUUCCAUGUGUUGUUUUCUUCAGAGACAUGGGGGAUGAUUUGCCUCCAAGAAUACACCACUAGAUAACUGCUGGUUGAGAAAAUGAAAUUUCAGUUUAUUGUUAAUAGUAGUAAUAAAGAGAUCUUAGUUUAUUAAACGAGAAACCUGACGGAUGUACUGAGACAUUUGUACAAUAAAAUGUUCUUUCCAAGUACCAA